UUGCAGUUAAAUUUAGCAAGUUUCCUCCAGAAAGUUGUUCUUGUAAUGGAUAUAAUCUCUCAGUUACAAGAACAGGUUAAUUUGAUUGCACAUUUGGCUUUUAAUACUGUUGGGACAUUGCAAAGGGAUGCCCCUCCUAAUCGUCUGUCGCCAAAUUAUCCUGAACCACCUCCGCAUACUACAGAGGAUGGGACAAAUUUUUCAGAACAGCCAAAGCUGAUGAGUUCUGCCUUGGUGAAGGCGGCUAAGCAGUUUGAUGCAUUGGUUACACUUUUUUUGAUAUAA